AUGAGGAACCAAGGUGUUCUAGCGAUCGUGGCGAUCCUCGUAGUUUACGUCAAUGGACGAGUUUACUACUUGCAGAACGCGGAUGAAAAUCGAUACGGCUCGACUUACCCCGUUCCGAACGAACAAUCUUCGCGCGAUCUAGAUCUGAGUUUCUCUGCCGGGGAUUCGGACGAAGUUGAUAACGUGAUACGCCCUGUUAAAAAGGUGUACGCGUUCGCCGCGCCGGAAAAGCCGUUCAUCGGGGCGAACAAAGAGGAGUUACCGAUCGCACGGUACAAAUUAGUCGAGGCACCUGUUAGAAGAGCCGGGCCGGACGAUGUCAUCGUUGUUCCCGAACAAAGCCGCAAAACGGUGAAAAUCGAUGGAAACAACAAGGGCGAAGUGAUCUUGGAGCUUCGCGUUAUUGCUAAUCACGACACCGUUUAA